AUGCGCUUUUUGGGGUCGCUCUUCUUCAGCUUCGCCGCCGGCGUGCGGAUCGCUUCCCCUCCCCUUUUCGCUGCCACCGCUGUCGCCUGUCGGAGACGAGCGCUGCCGCGGGCCGUCGAGGCGGUUCCGGGCGAGAGCUGCACUGGCGAGAAGGUGGUCGUCGUCGGUGCGACUGGAUACAUCGGCAAGGCCGUGGUGCGCGAGUCGGUGCGGCGCGGCUACGCGACGACGGCGGUGGUGCGCGACGCCGCCAAGGCGGCGGGCGAGCCCAAGUUUGAGGGCGCGCGCAUCGCCACUGCUGACGUGUGCGACCCGCCGGCGCUCGGCGCGGCGGGCUCGCCAUUUGAGAAGGGCGCCGUCGACGUGGUGAUCAGCUGCCUGGCGUCGCGCUCGGGAUCGAAGAAGGACUCGUUCGCGAUCGACUACCAGGCCACGCUCAACUGCCUCGACGCCGCCCGCGCCGCCGGCGCCCGCCACUUUGUGCUGCUGUCGGCGUUUUGCGUCAAGUCUGCCGAGAGGAAGGACCCAUACGCACUGCAGUUCCAGUACGCGAAGAUGGAGUUCGAGGCCAAGCUGCGCGAGCAGACGGAGAUGACGUACUCCAUCGUCCGGCCGACCGCCUUCUUCAAGUCGGUCUCCGGCCAGCUCGAGGUCGUCAACAGCGGGGCGCCCUUUGUGUACUUUGACCUCGGCGAGGGCCGCUGCGCCACCUGCAACCCGAUCUCGGAGGCGGACCUCGCCGCCGCACUCGUCGACACGGUCGCCGACAAGAGCAAGGAGAACGCGCUGUGGAACCUGGGCGGGCCGGACGACGGCUUGUCGAUGAAGCAGCAGGGCGAGAUGGUGGCGGAGGUGCUGGGUAAGGAGGAGGCAAAGCUCCUCGCCGUGCCGAUCGGCCUCUUCGACGUCAUCAUCGGAGGGCUGCAGGGCGGCGCAGACCUCGCGCUCAGGGCGAGCCGCUUCGACGCGUGGCCCGAGGGGGCGCCCGAGUGGCUAGUCAAGGGCCUGGCCAGCGGCCUCGCCGGCCUCGCCCAGUCGCUCGAGGACUCGGCCGAGUUUGGGCGCAUCGGCCGCUACUACGCUGUCGAGGACAUGCUCACCACCGACCCGGCGGACAAGUACGGCAGGACGACGCUGCGCCAGCACUACGAGCGCAUCGCCGUCGAGGGGCAGGAGUACGACCCGUACACGACGAUGUUCGCGCCCAACAAGUGACGCCGCGUCUGAGCGUUGUGCCGGCAGUGUCUCAGUGUCGGUGUGCGCAGGGGGCGUGAACACGCCUCGCCGCUGCCAACUGUCGACGCGAACUCUCCGCAGAAGAAGCAUGUUUGUGUGCGGUGCACAUGAGAGUGUCUUGAGCGUUCGCAGAGACAUGUUGUCGACUCAAUGCAUACCGCCAGCAUCGACCGCUCUCUGGUCCAGUGCUCCGUCGGCUCUGCUCUCUCCCCUCCGGCUCGCGCCUCUUAUUUUGGAGCAUAACCGAAAGAGACGCGACAGGCGUCCGUGUCUGC